UUAGAAAUAUUUAACAACAUAUGUAGAUGGGGAAAUAAUAGCCUUUGGAGAAUGUUACAAGAUACCACUUGUACAUUUCCAAAGACAUCAUGGCUAAACAAGUUCAUUCAAGAAGCCAUUGUAUUCAACCAAGAGAUGGUGCCAAAAUGUACAUCAUUGAAACCUGUUGAACCAGUUGAAGAACUGAAGUCACCAGACGAUUCAUCCCCUAUUCCUAUAAUCCAGAUAUCUCCAGUUGGUUUGUCCUCGAAUUAUCCAUUGUACACAAAUGACGAUAAUUUGCACGAAAUUGUUCAUGAUACCUGUAACAUUUUAGAUGACUCUAUGGACCUUGGGAUUACCCUCGAUGAUUCCCUUUUAGAAACAUCCAUGGAACAACUGACGAUUCAAGAAACUGAUCAUGAGAAGCAAUCUAUAAUUUCAAUGUUUGGUUUUGAAAAAUUUACCACACCUCCAUUACUUACAAGACAUCCACCCCCAGCAAGUGGAAGAGAUGAUGAUAUCAAUAAGCUAAGAGAAAUCUUAGAUGAUAUUCUUAUGAGUGUCAAGAAAAUACAGAAUUAG